GGCCCCGCCAGGCAUCCCGGCCGAGUUUCACAGCCCAAGUCAACUCAGACGCGCCCCAGCCUCACCCACGCGUAUCAGAGAGCUCUCAGGCUCAACAACAUCCAUCCUCCAACACUCCGCUACAUAAACGCGUCCUCGACGACUCUGGCAACCCUACCCAGAACCAUCAGCACACCCACCCUUCAAAACCGUUUCGACUCGAAAGACUAUCUGUGUUGACCCCAAGGAUACACCUGCACUCACAGCCCUCGAGAUCCAAUGUCAGGCUUUCUCGAAAAGCUCAGAGGGGCUGACUUCACCGGUCUCAACAGAGCCUUCGGAAGAGGGAAACAUUCACCCAAGAUACCUCCCAUAGGUGGGGUUGCAUACGAAUCACGUGGAAUUAGUGGUGGCCCGCUAUCCUCUCAAGAUAAUAGUCCUCAGGCUCGAUCCGGUCGAGGCUUCGGUCGGAUCCCUGCUGAGAACGGUAACCCAACUAACUCUCUCCUAGAUGACGAAGAUACCGGUCCAACUCAAAUCGCAAUCAGAUCUCUAACCAUCUUCUUCCUAUUCAUCAACCUGUUUAUUUACAUCGCCAUAGCUGUUUUCCAGAAGAAAUGGGGCGUCGGGCCCUCUGGACUCACUGGGCUAGCGAUCUUUGUUCUCGUACAAGCUCUUCUACAUGCUCUUGUAUUUCUUCUGGUGCCGCAAAUAUACGAGCGUACCGAUAUGCUCAGGGGCUUUGCCCGUGCUAUCCGAUUGACGCGUAUUCAGUUCAUCGUCUACGGUACCCAAACUGGCUUAGCGCUCGUUCUCUCGCUGAUAGCUACCAUUUCAGCGUACACAGGGGGUUGUAAGGACUCGAAGUCAGAUCCCAACGCCUCGAACACUGACUACAUUUCUCAUAUUGGUGGUUUUUGCCGGAACAAGAGAGCUGCUGCCGCUUUUUGGUGGUUUUCAUUUUUGAGCUUUGGGCUCUCCUUGGGCAUCGUUUUCAAAUCGUGGUAUUCUAUUCGAAAACUUGGACCAAGGCAUCCUGCCUUUGAGCCGCCACAAGGUGUCGGAGUCAGAACAAUUGACGAUGAGGAUGAUGAUUUCCGAGCUGACGAGCCUUAUGAUCGAUCGCCUCCACAAUUCCCACAAGAAAUGACCGCUGUUCGACCAAGUAACGUUGGGGGCUAUUAUGGAGAAAGGCCAAUAUUCGACUCAGACCGAGUCCCAGCUGGCUAUGCAGCCCCUUCAGGUAGCGUACAUGAAGUUGAUCACACCCGAUCACCCCCUCAAAUGGCUGCCUACAAGGACCCAUUUGAUGAAAUUCGAGCUCAGAUAUAUCAAAACGGUCGCUGAAGCGAACUCAUAACUUUUAUCAUCCUAGACUGUACAUACGACAGAAAAUAAGCUCACAAAACAAUUAUUGGGCUACUCUGGCACUUCUACAUGGAUUUAUUCAGCAGCAAAUAUUGUAUUAUUCUUCUUUGCUCAAUUCUGAUCUGCCUCUUGCUUCUAUUUCUUCUUUCUGGUUGCCCUGAUUUGCUUCAUCUUAUGUCUACAUGGAGAUACCUUGAGUACAUUUUACAUAUGUUUGUACAAGUUGUUAAUUGACAUCAUUCUGAUUGUGAAUGUUACCGUUUUGAGUAUCUUACAAUAUCUCCUCCACUUCCUGCCUAUUUACUGCUUGUUACUUCUACAUAUACAUGCUGCUCUGUUAUCCCUUGUGUUUUCGGGUUUGUAGGUUAAGGUAAUAAAACAAGUGAAUGAAUGUAUGACUAAUAAUUUGAGAAAAACCUGGCUUGCAUUUGUUUCUUCAACUUGUUUGGAAUU